UGUGAACCCAGUGACUAGUGUUCGUGGAAUGUGACUUGACGUAGCCGGUGUCGGUGUCCUGUUCGUGGAUGGCAGAAUGUCAACUGCAUACCACAAACUGCAUCCAAAAACGGAAGAUUGAGGACACUGUCUGGACUGUCUCCCAGCCCUGACAAAAGGCAAAUUGAGGUGGUGGAUAAAUAGGACACUGAGUGGAUGAACUGGAGAUACCGGAGAGACGUGACAAUUCGUUCAGUGAAUUAUGGCUAUCGUUCACAAACGUGAAAAUUGUGAGGAAAGUGCUACCGACAGGAUCAAGGAAUUCUUCUUCAAACGUCUGCCGAUACUCUCCUGGCUGCCCAGAUAUGACUCCGAGAAGGCAAUCAGCGAUGCCAUCGCUGGAAUUACUGUGGGACUUACUGUCAUGCCCCAGGGACUUGCUUAUGCCAUUCUAGCUGGACUCGAGCCGCAGUAUGGGUUGUACUCCGCAUUCAUGGGAGCAAUUGUUUACGUGGUUUUUGGGUCUUGCAAGGAUAUUACCAUUGGCCCAACAGCUCUCAUGGCCAUCAUGACACAUGAAUAUGUCCAGGGAAAAAGUCCAGACUUUGCAGUUCUUCUCGCCUUUCUCGCUGGUUGUCUCCAGCUCGUCAUGGCUUGUCUCCAUUUAGACGUUCUCAUCGACUUCAUUUCCAUCCCAGUGACUGUGGGUUUCACAUCAGCAACAUCAGUAAUUAUUGUAGCCUCUCAAUUGAAGGGAAUGCUGGGCCUAAAAAUCACGUCGUCAGGGUUCAUCGACACGAUCACCAAAGUCCUGAAGAAUAUCGGUGACACGAAUCCCUGGGACGCUGGUAUGAGCCUGUCCUGUAUAAUCUUUCUUCUAUCCCUGAGGAAGAUGAAGGACAUAAAAUUUGGAUCGCAGAGUGGAAAGCCCUCGAGGGACCGGCGAAUUCUGGCUAAAAUUAUUUGGCUGAUAUCAACAGCUAGGAAUGCCAUUGUCGUUGUCGUGUGCUCGACGAUAGCCUACAAGAUGAACUCGACGACUGGCUCGCCCUUCGUCUUGACAGGACCAGUGAGAUCUGGACUUCCACCUUUCAGUCUGCCCCCAUUCUCCACGACAACCAACGACAAACAGCUGAACUUCCUGGAGAUGUGCAGCGAGCUUGGCCCAGCAAUUUUUCUAGUACCAAUUAUCGGAGUACUGGGUAACGUGGCAAUUGCCAAAGCUUUUGCUAAUGGUGCCAGCGUUGAUGCAACUCAGGAACUACUCACCCUUGGGCUCUGCAAUGUCCUCGGAUCGUGUGCCAGGGCCAUGCCUGUCACUGGAUCCUUCAGCAGAUCUGCUGUCAAUCAUGCGAGUGGAGUCAAGACACCCAUGUCAGGACUCUACACUGGACUCCUCAUAAUUCUUGCACUCAGUCUUCUCACACCAUAUUUUUAUUUCAUUCCUAAAGCGUCGCUGGCGGCUGUUAUAAUAUGUGCAGUUAUCUACAUGAUUGAGUACGAAGUUGUGAAGCUCAUGUGGAAGUCGAGUAAGAAGGACCUGAUACCGAUGUUCGCCACUUUUUUUUUGUGUCUCGGAAUCGGUGUUGAGUAUGGUAUUCUGGUGGGUGUUGGAAUUAAUCUCAUGUUCCUCCUUUAUCCAUCAGCCAGGCCCACUAUUCACGUUGAAAAAUGUGUGACAGAGUCAGGAACAGAUUAUCUUUUGGUGACACCAGGAAAUAGUCUCUACUUCCCAGCUGUUGAUUUUAUUAAACAAUUUGUUGGUCAUGCUGGUGUUCGAGAGGGCUCGAGUCAAUUGCCAGUUGUGGUUGAUUGCAGAUACGUACUCGGUGCUGAUUUCACUGCUGCCAAGGGAAUUGCAGCGCUCAUUGAUGAGUUUAAUAUGAGGAAACAGGGACUUUAUUUCUUCAAUCCACGAUCAGAUGUUGUCGCUGUAUUACGAGGUGCUUGUGGUGAGGAUUUUCAACAUGUCGCCACACAGGAGGAGCUGUCGUAUCUUCUCUAUCGAAACCGAGACAAAUCGUCUCGGCCACUGUCUCUGAGGCGUGAUCUCUCCUCCGAGGCCCUGAUGAGUCCAGCUAUCGAAUUAACCCAUCGGCCAACCCACACUAAUUACCACGAAUUGAGUGAAGUAAAGAGAACUUUACUGCCAGCCACUGCCAGCUGAAAAGUCAACGUCAACGUCACUCCAUCCACCAGUCGUUGCAUUUUUUUCUACCGAGACUUAGAAAAUAGAUUUUAUGAAAUGAAUCUCACUGAAUCCGUCGAAAAACACAAAGAUAGAAAACGAAACAGACAUUACAUCUACAAAAACUAAAACAUUACCUGAACAGUAUUUUGAAGAGAUCGAGAUAAACAUUGAUCGAUAACAGAUAUAUCUCUUCAGCAGAUUUAGACCUUCUGUUUUGUUACAUGACAUUUAUUAUACGGGUCCAUGAGGAAUUGACUUUACAAAAAUAUUGAAAAAUAUAAAUAUAGAAAUAUAUGAGAGAAAACCUUGAAUGUUAUCAUUUCCUACUUAAAUAAAUCAACAAUAAGAGUUCAAUAAA